CUGUCGUGCAGGUUAGUGGAGCCGGUUGAAUGUGAUGUAGUAUGCAGUUAAGGUUCGUUUAAACUUUUAGUAUAAAGAAAACACUCCUUUAAAACGGCAGGUGGCAGAAGUUCCAAUCCCACCUUGAUCAAGACAUGGACCCAGACAGCCCAGAGGAGGCCCUCCCUGGGCUCAGCGACAGACCGCUGGGUGGAUGGGGCCUCCUGCAGGUGGCUGCUGGCUCCGGCCUGGCCGUUUAUGCCGUUUGGGCCGGGAUCCUAAUGCCUGGCUUCCGCAGAGUGCCUCUCCGGUUACAGGUGCCCUACCUGCCUGCCAGCAGAGCUCAGGUGGCCAAUGUGAUGUCACUGCUCAAGGGCCGACCAGGGGGCCUUACGGACCUGGGUUCUGGAGAUGGUCGGAUUGUUCUGGAGGCAUACAGACAGGGUUUUCGCCCUGCUGUCGGGUACGAGCUCAACCCCUGGCUCGUCCGCCUUGCUCGCUUUCAUGCCUGGAGAGCAGGGCACUAUGGGAAGGUUUCAUACCUGCGGGAGGACCUCUGGAAGGUUAAUCUGGAGCAGUGUAAGAACAUUUCCGUGUUCUUGGCCCCCAGCGUGUUGCCCUUGCUGCAGAAGAAGCUGCUGUUGGAGUUGCCGACGGACGCCAUGGUUGUGGCGGGACGGUACCCCUUCCCCGAUUGGACCGUAUACAGAGUGGAGGGAGAGGGGGUGGAUAGGGCCUGGGCCUACCUCAUCCAGGCACAGAGACAGGCCCCCCCCAAGGAACCCACCACAGAGAGCUGCAUCUCCUGAUCAGCAUCAGUCCCUCCCGCAGCAGAGCUUGGUGUUCCCACAAAAUUGUCUUACAUUUAUUAUCUGUCCCAUGGCACUUUUUAUGUUUGGUACAUAGUUUUAAUAUUUAACUGAUCAUUAGUAUUAGAUUAAUUGAACUUUAGGCUGCAGCCCUUUAGUUGGCAACUUACAGACUUGAAGUUUGACAGUUAUCAGAACUGUUUAUUUUAAACAAUCUGACCUUAAGCAGUUUAAAGGAAAAUUGAGAAUAUUUUACAUGAGCAGAGUGCAAUCCCUUUUUUAUCCAAGUUCU